GUUUGGUUGGUUGGUGUCGAUCGUAAAAUAAACAAAAAAUAAGAAUAAGCAUCAUCACACAAUUACCAUAAAUUUCUCUCAAAUUCUCCACUCUCCAUUUCCCUAUAUAAACCCCAAGUGAUGUCGCUGUGGAUGACAAGAUAAAUAAUUUAACGAAAAAUGGUGGUCACUUGUAAUUACGCCGCCGCGGCCCUGGCCGUCGUCCUCCUGGCCGCGGCGGGCGGCGUGGAGUCGAUCGGCGUGAACUACGGCACCCUGGGCGACAACCUCCCCCCGGCGAGGCAGGUGGUGCAGUUCCUGAAGGAGAAAACGAGCAUCGACCGCGUGAAGAUCUUCGAUGCAAACCCCGACAUCCUCGGCGCCUUCGCCAACAGCGGCAUCUUGGUGGCCGUGACGGUCCCCAACGACCAAAUCCCGGCCCUCACCACCGCCAAGGCCGCGCGGCGCUGGGUGUCGGCCCACAUCAAGCCCUUCUACCCUGACACGCACAUCAACUACAUCCUGGUGGGCAACGAGGUCCUCCACUGGGGCCCGCAGAGCCUCAUCGACAACCUGGUGGCCGCCAUGAGGUCCCUCCACAAGGCCCUCCACCACGAAGGCAUCAACGACGUCGCCGUCACCACUGCCCACUCCCUCGCCAUCCUCCAGCCCUCCGACCUCCCCAGCCUGGCCAGCUUCCGCCCCGGCUGGGACGUCGGGGUGCUGGCGCCCAUGCUGGAGUUCCACCGUCAGACCAGGACGCCCUUCAUGGUCAACCCCUACCCUUACUUCAUGUACUCGCCGGAGAAAGCCGACAUGGCGCUCUUCCGCCCCAACAAGGGCCUCUUCGACAGGUACACACGGCGGACGUAUGGGAACCUUUUUGAUUUUCUGAUGGAUUCAGUGUACAUGGCGAUGAAGAAGAUGGGAUAUGGUGAUGUGGCGAUUGCGGUGGGGGAGACGGGAUGGGCGUCACAGGGGGAGGUGUUCGAACAGCCCAAGUGCUCGGUGGGGAACGCGGCGGCGUACAACGGUGCAUUGGUGAGGCAUUUCAACUCCGGGAAGGGGACGCCGCUGAUGCCCCAUAAGAAGUUCGAGACCUACAUAUUUGCACUCUUCAAUGAGAAUCAGAAGACGGGCUCUCUCGCCGAGAAGAACUUCGGGCUUUUUCGGCCCGAUUUCACCCCUGUCUAUGAUAUAGGGAUCAUGCGGGUCGGAGCCACUGCUGGCGCUGCCCCUACUAAGAAGGUUGGGAGUCCGGCAAUUGGGUUCGGUAAGAAGUGGUGCGUGUGCAACUCGGACGCAAGCGAGGCGGUGCUGCAAAGCAACAUAAACUACGCGUGCAGCCAAGGCAUAGACUGCAAGCCCAUUCAACCGGGCGGCGCGUGCUUCACACCCAACACUCUUAAAGCUCACGCUUCCUACGCCAUGAAUGCUUACUAUCAUGCUAAAGGCCUCAAUCCACUCAACUGUGACUUCGCCGGCACCGGUGUCGUUAUCUCAACUGAUCCUAGUACACCUGCAUGCAAAUACGUGGCUUGAGAAUAACCAUUUUUUGUUGGCGAAGAGAUUAAUUGUAUUUAUAUGUCUUCGCGGGCAUGAUGUCCACAAAAGAGGAAGGAAAUAUGAUUGAUCUCUAUACAACGAAAUAUUAUAUACA